AUGUCCGCCGUCGCGACCCGGACCUUCCCGGCCAGCGACGCUGCCGUCGCGCGCCUCGUCCGCCGCGCCGCCGACCUCGCCAUCGACGAGGACCGCCGCCGCCGGGCCGCCGCGACGGCCCUGUACCAGGCCGCCCAGCGCGGGGACUCCGCGGCCCUGCGCCGGCUGCUGGCUGCGGGCGCGGACCCCGACGCCGGCAAGCCCGUGCAGGCGGGCAGCUGCGCGACCGUCCCGCCGCUGUGCGCAGCGGCGGCCCGCGGCCACACCGAGGCUAUCCGCGUGCUGCUGGAGGCGGGGGCGUCACCAGAGGGGGCGACGCCGAACGGGGCGAGGGCGCUGCACCUCGCCGCGCGCAAGGGCCUGACGGAGGCGGUGCGGCUCUUGGUGGCGGCCGGCGCGGACACAGCGGCCGUGGACUUCAGCGACCACCAGCCGCUGUACUACGCGUGCACGGUGAACAAGCACGACACGGUGCGGGUGCUGGCGGAGGCCGGGGCGCCGACGGAGGCCGCGACGCCGGGCGGGCAUCCUUCGGUGCCGGCGCUGCACGUGUGCGCGAAGAAGGGCCACGCGGCAUCGGCGGGCGUGUUGCUCGCGUGCGGGGCGCACGUGGACGUGGACGACGGGAGAGGCAUGUCGCCGCUGUACGUGGCGGCACGCGAGGGGCACCACCAGGUCGUCCAGCUGCUCGCCCAGUACGGCGCAAACGUCGAUUGGUUCGUCGGGACGCAGUGGAACGCGCAGACCCCGUUGAUGGCCGCGUGCAUGGCCGUGUCGCCGCAGCCGAGGGGCACGAACGCGCACGCGCGCCGCCGGUUCGAGCAGACCGUCCUGGUCCUGGCUGACCUGGGCGCCGAGGGCGGCGGGAAGGCCAUCGAGGCCUGCGCAGCCCGCGGAAUGUUCACCGCGGUGCGGGUGCUCCUCGAGCGCGCGGCGGCGGGGACGCCUGGGUCGGCGUUCGUGCGAGAGAUCGUCCGCAGCGUCCCGACGGCCAUCCGGCACGUCGCGACCUGCUGGCACGUGUACUCGCAGGACGUGCUGGCCCGGCUGCUGGUGUUCCACUUCAACGUGGCGCCGGCGCUGGUCGCGGACCGCGGGAACGAGAUGGCGCCGAUCGCACACGCUCUGAGGCACGCGUGCUCGUUGGGACGGACCCCGGUGAUCGAGGGGAUCCUCGACGCGGUGACGGAUGCUGGGCGCACCCUCCCGGUGCAGGACGGGAUGGGUGCGCUGGCGGCGGCGUGCUCUGCGUGCCACCCGGCCGCGAUCGGCGUGCUGCUGGAGCGCGGCGUGGGCUUCGACGCGGACGGGAUGGCGUCCGAGGCGCUCGUGGCGGUGUGCGGUUCGUACUCGGCCAUCGAGAGGCGCGUGGAGUCUGCCAAGCUGCUGAUCGCUACGGGACGGGUCGACGUCAACUACGUGAAGAAGGGCAUUCGCACGCGCAUCACUCCGCUCGAGCAGUGCUGCAGUGGCCACAACAACAUCGAUGCAGCGCUGGUGGAGCUGUUGCUCGACGCCGGGGCGCGCCCGGUCCUGACCGGCCAGGCUUUCGUCCUUGCGAGGACCGCGAGAUCCUUGCUGGAGGUCGCCGCGCUCGGGAAGACCGGCGCAAGCAACCAGCGCAAGCUUGAGGCCGCCCAGAAGCGCUGCGCGGUGGUGGCGAUGAUCGACGCACGCCGCGCGCAGGUGGAGGCGGAGCAGCUGUCGGCGCUGGCGUCCGCGCGGCGGCUUGACCUGGGCCUGUACGACGCCCUCCGGACGUGGAUGCAGGAGCAUGAGGGGUACCGGUGGAAGCCUGCGGCGCCGCGUGCAGGGCCGAGCUGA